UUGUGUGUACCCUGGCUGGUCCUGGACAGGGAUUUAAUACACAAAAUAGUCUGGAAAUUUGGGUUAAAUUUCUGGGCGUGACAACGACGAGCGUCAAGGUCGAGGAGGCUUCUUCGCCUUCGCGAGGCCCGAGAGCAAAACCAGGUCGAGUGUUGCUAUCGCGUCCUGCUCUGCCACCACCGUCGCCGCGGCUUACACGUCUUCUUCGCCGCCGCCUCGCUUCUCUACCUCGCGGCUGCCGCGCCGCCCUCCUCCUCUCCUGCCUCGCCCCGCCGACCGGCCUACCGCCUACAUGCAGAGAGAGAGAGAGAAGAAACCGAGGAAGAGAAGAGAGGAAGAGAUGACUCAGCCUGACAUGUGGGGCCCAUGCGGGUCCCACGCUAACUCCGCCGUCACGUAGGAUAAAAUAGGGGUCAAAACCACCGAAGGAUCUAUUGUGCCCGGUUAUGAUUAGUUGAGAGACGUUCGGUAUUUGGUUUUGCGGUUGGGGGACGAUUUUGUAACUCGAUGACAAGUUGAGGGACCUUCGGUGUACUUUUUCCUUGUUGAUUUGGGCCUGCAUGAAUGAUUGCUACAAGGCCGGCCCAAUGUGAGUCCCACCCAUAUACAUAGAUAGGUCCUUAAUUUGCAAUUGCCCCGCUCUGGUCUGGGAAGAAUGAAUGAAUAAAACGUACGAAUGGUGGGGAGGGAUGAUCGGAGAGAGGAAAUAUAUGGAGCGUGCAUGCACACAGCUGUCGUUUUUGUGAAGAAACACAGCGUUAUUGGUGUUGUAGAGGCAAGCAGGCAGGCAGGCAGGCAAGGGGAGGGGCAGGAAGAAGGGAAGAAUUGAAGAGGCUGAGGCUGUUGGAUUGGAAACCGUUUCCAAUUCUCCAUCCUCUCUAUCUUCCUCUCUUCCUUCUCCUCCGGUCCCUCUCUCUCUCCCCCCUCCAUCUCCAUCUCCUCUCUUGUAUGUAUGUAUGUAUCUUAAUUGUUGCAGCUAGCUAAGAACAUCAAUCAAAUUCAAAUAUUACAUACAUAAGCCUAUUGAUUGAUUUGCUUGCUGCAGUUAGCCUACUUACGUGUAUGCAUGUCAAAACAAGACGAAAUAACAACAGGCAUGCAUGUAUGUAUGCUUAUUUUGCCGUGCUAGACGGCUUUUGAUUCGUCUUCUUUGAUGGGCAUUCAUCCCUUUCAGCUCCAACCCCUACAGUUGAUGCUAUGGUUGGGAAUAGGAUAUGGUUUGGGGGCCUUUUCACCAGCUCAGGUAGAAGGCGCCAAAUCAAUGCUGAGAAGACCUUUGAGCUGAGCCCUGUUCAGGAGCAACGUUUGCAAAAGCUGAAGGAAAGACUAAAUAUACCUUAUGAUCAAACUCGGAGAGAUCAUCAGGAAGCUCUCAGGGCUCUGUGGAGUGCUUCAUUUCCGGAUGCAGAGCUGUCAAGCUUAAUUUCAGAGCAGUGGAAGGACAUGGGAUGGCAGGGCCCAAACCCAUCGACUGAUUUCAGGGGCUGUGGAUUUGUGGGACUUGAGAAUCUUCUCUUCUUUGCAACAACAUAUCCGGCUUCUUACCAGAGGCUGCUUCUGAAGAAACAAGGGAUGAGAGCCACAUGGGAGUACCCCUUUGCAGUUGCUGGUGUUAACGUCUCAUACAUGUUGAUCCAGCUGCUGGAGCUCAACGCAGAACGGCCCAAGUCUUUGCCAGGGAUUAACUUUAUCAAAGUGCUGUCAGAACACGAAGAGGCAUUUGACGUCCUGUACUGUAUAGCUUUCGAGAUGAUGGAUGCCCAGUGGCUGGCAAUGCGAGCAUCCUACAUGCAGUUCAAAGACGUGCUGGAAGCAACAAAGCAGCAGCUGGAGAGAGAGCUAUCUCUGGAGGACGUCAAUGGAAUCCGUGACAUACCAGCUUACAACCUUUUGUACAAGUAGCUAGCUAGGGGAGGCUCAAGAAAACAUAAACAGAAACCUUCUUGUAAAUUGCAUAUCAGCAUGCAUGUUUUAUGUACUGCACCCAAGAGAGAAAAAGGCAGACUUUUACAUUUAUACACAAUAAUUUUAUUUAUACACACUUAUAAGUUUGAUCAAUGAUACUACUAUUAUCUGACAGUAACAGUGAAGCCUAGAAGGUUUCAGAAA